UAAUGCAGUUUUCCUCUCCCCAUUCGAUUGUGAAACCGCAGGAAUUCUCUAAUCCGCCGCCUCCAAAUUGAAAUCUCUCUCUCCCGGGCUUCCGGCUCGCCAUCUCCUCUCCGCUGGAAAACCGGCCACCGCCAUGGAGACGAGACUCUUCCUCGCCCUCCAGUGCGUGCAGUGCGCCACCAUGCAGGUGAAGCAGCAGAAGAAGAGCAGCAACAAGUGGGUCUGCGUGGUGUGCAACCAGCGCCAGUCCGUGCUCCACGUCCACGCCCGGGGCUACCGCGCUGCCGAUCUCCGCCGCUUCGUCCAGGACGCCAACCUUGCCCGCGGCCGCCGGGAGUUCGCGCCGUUGGCCGAGCCCGACGUGGACUGGGAUCCGGCGGCAGUUGAGGAGGAGGGAGAUGUGUUCCCCUUCCCCAUCGAGAAGAGGCAGACGGAGUGGUCCGAGUACCUGGACGAUGCGGGGGAGCCGGGUAAUGGUUGUGGUGGCCUGGGCGCCGAUGCUUCAGAUGGAGAAUCAGGUGAAGGAAUUGAGGUGAUAACUGAACUGCCUCAGAAAAGACCUAAAGUUAGGCCUCUCAAAGCCCAAUCAGAUGUAGUAGGAAAGAGAACCAAGCUGUCAACACAUCCCACUUUAUAUAAUAAGAGGCAGCAAAUCAAGCAAGGAUCAAGUCCCCACUGUGCAACUGCUACUGCUGAAGUGCAAAGAUCGAAAUCAAGCCUUUUUGGUGAGAGGAAAGGGUCUGAUACAUAUGGGUUGCACUGGACUGAACAUGACGAAUCUGCCUCUACUGAGGCCACUACUGAUGUAGUGGUGGAAGAUGAGGUGCACCCUGAUUUCAUCUAGUCUCAUAUUGGAUUGAAAUGCCAAAUGCUUUGUGUUUUGGUAGUGGGUAGUUUGACAGAGACAAAUUGUGCUGCUGGCAACACCUUGUUAAGACAAGGAUGUGCAGUCCUUGGUAUCUGAGGCUGAGGGGAAGAAAAUGUGCUGUUCCCAAGAUGUUAUCCUGUAUGUUGGGGUGCUUUAUAGUAGAUUGUGUUGUAAGAACAAAAGCUGAAUGCAAAAUAGGAUAAUCAUCAACUUUCUGAAACUAUAAUUUUAUAUCAUUGAA